AUGUUGGGGUGUGAAAGGAAGAAAGUGCCGAGAGAAGGGUCCAAAGUAAACCCAUUGACGCCCGAACCCGUCGUCAUCACCUGCGCAUACACCCCAGCCCCCAGGAGAAUUCAGGUCAUCUCCGUCUAUCAAAAUCAACAGCAAUGGCAACAGCGACACCAGCGAGAGCAGCACCCACAGCAGCAACAGCAACGACAGCAUCACCAACAGCAGCCGGAGAAGCAUCAGGAGCAGCAGAAGAAACCGAAGCAGCAACAGCAGCAGCAGCAGCAACAGCAGCAGCAGCAGCAGCAGCAGCAACAGCAGCAACAGCAGCAGCAGCAGCAGUAUCAAACAACGACAGCAUCACCAACAGCAGCCGGAGAAGCAUCAGGAGCAGCAGAAGAAACCGAAGCAGCAACAACAGCAGCAGCAGCAGCAGCAGCAGCAGCAGCAGCAGCAGUAUGA